GACGGAUAUUCAAUGAGCGAAAGGAGACAGUUCGAAUAAAGCCAGUCAAAUUUAACUGAACCCGACCCGUUCCAAGUUUAGCCCCGAUUAGAAAACCCGGAAGCGAGAACCAAAACGAAAAAGGGGUUCAUCAGCGAGACGAAAGGGAUCGCCGGAGCUUAAAGCUUUGGAUAGAUAUAUAUGUAUAUAUAUAUAUAUAUACACACCGAGACGAGAGAGAGAGAGGGAGAGAGAGAGAGAGAUAGCUUUAGUUCGCACUAUAGCAGAGAACUCGUUCAUUUUCUCAAGGUACUAUUUUCCUGCGAAUUUUCUUGGGAAAACAUUAUUGGUUCCGCUGCAGCUAUAUUCACAUUUUCAAUCGCCAUUUUUUUCUUUUUUCCUGGGACUGAACUUGGGGGCUUGAAAUCCCAAUUCUUUGAGUGACUGAUUGAAAGAUUUGGAAAUUUUUUUCUUUUGUUUUUUUUGUGGGAUUGCGAAAUGGGAUUGAAGGCGGUGCACUGAUGUCACUUUUCUGGAUUGUGAUUCGUCAGCUUGCAGAGAUCGAAGAAAUGGCAGUGUCAAAGAAAGUUAUUACAAGAGAAGAGUGGGAGAAGAAGCUUAAUGAUGUAAAGAUUAGGAAAGAAGACAUGAAUAAGUUGGUGAUGAAUUUUCUUGUCACUGAAGGCUAUGUUGAUGCAGCUGAGAAAUUCCGACUGGAGUCAGGAACAGAGCCAGACAUAGAUCUUGCAACAAUCACUGAUCGCAUGGCUGUUAAGAAGGCAGUACAAUGUGGUAACGUUGAGGAUGCAAUUGAGAAAGUUAAUGACUUAAAUCCUGAGAUCCUGGAUACAAAUCCCCAAUUGUUUUUCCAUCUUCAACAGCAAAGGUUGAUCGAACUUAUCCGGAAUGGAAAAGUAGAAGAGGCUCUUGAAUUUGCUCAGGAGGAGCUAGCACCUAGGGGAGAAGAAAAUCAAAGCUUUUUAGAAGAGUUGGAGAGAACUGUUGCACUUCUGGCAUUUGAAGAUGUCUCCAACUGUCCUGUUGGUGAGCUUCUGGACGUAUCACAGCGUCUGAAGACAGCGAGUGAAGUAAAUGCAGCUAUUCUUACUAGUCAGAGUCAUGAAAAAGAUCCAAAGCUGCCAAGUUUGUUGAAAAUGCUGAUAUGGGCUCAGAAUCAACUUGAUGAGAAAGCUGCCUAUCCUCGGAUAAAUGAUCUAUCUACAGCUAUGCUAGAAGAUCCUCCUAUUUGAAUGAUCUAUCAACAGCUAUGCUAGAAGACCCUCCUAUUUGAAGGGUCUGUAACCCCUUGUGGUGGAGGACUUUACCUUUGUGUAGGCUUCUAUGGAAUGGGAAAUGGUGUAUGUACUUUUAUUGAUAAAUGACUGUAUCUAGUUUUCUCUUGAAUGUCAUUCAUUACAAUCUGUUUUCAUAUCUCAAUAACUUCUCUGUGGCCUUCGAAAGCCUUUUGUGCAAAUGAUUAUGGGGACGUUCACUUUA